GCCAAGAAGCCGCGGGCCGAAGGCAUCGCCGGCGAGGCCGCCGCCGAACUCCGCAUCGCCGCGCUGAGAGAAGCGCUGGAGAGGCGGGAGACAGGCGACAGUGCUGGCACCAUUGCGCAGCUUGAGGGCAUCCGGGAAGUCCUGCACAGAGUGCCUUUUGGCCUUCGGCCGCCGGACUUCCAGCUCGGCGUGAAAAGGCAGUUGUUCCAGCUCCUCCGUCAUCUGGGACAGAUCUGUGCUGCCGCAGACGAGGAGCUGCGGCGAGCAGUGGCCUCUCUGGUGGAUGCCCUCAUCCGCAGUGGCUAUGCCCAGGGUGCUCGCGACCGGCGAGAUGUCAUAGCGUCGGGCGCAUGGAUGGCCUGCAUGGAGGCUCUGCGUGCAGCAGAAAGUGCCGAAAGCGUCGCCGCGCUUCACACGUACCUUCACUUAUCCGAUUAUGUUGCAUUCUACGAGGACUUUAUCGGGAUGCAUCCGGAGUUCUGGAAUCCGGAUCUUUUCCGGCUGGUACUGAAGCACCUGCCCAGCAUAAUUCAAGUUCCCGACACCAUCGAGGCCGAC